ACACAACGCACAGAAACAUAUAAUAGAAUCCCUCUCUCUCGAAAAAAAAAGAAGGAAGAAAACGAAAAGAGAGGGGAGAGAGACAUUUUUGCUAAGCAAUGGCUCUCUCAAACACAGCAACCCUCUCGUCAAAGUCACUGUACGGAAACACCCAUAAUCUGUCAACUCCACGCCACCACCACCAACCCACUUUCUCUGUCGUCCCCACCGCCACCAAGACGCACAGCGCCAAGCCACUCACUCGCAUCUCGGCCGUCCACGCCGCCGAGCCCUCCACCAAGCCGCCCCCUGUGGCGUCGCCUUCCAAAUGGACGGUGGACAGCUGGAAGUCAAAGCCGGCCUUGCAGCUCCCGGAGUACCCGGACCAGCAGGUGCUGGAGACGGUGCUGAAGACCAUCGAGGCCUUCCCGCCGCUGGUGUUUGCCGGUGAGGCCAGGCACCUGGAGGAGAAGCUGGCAGAGGCCGCCAUGGGCAACGCGUUUCUCCUGCAAGGAGGGGACUGCGCAGAGAGCUUCAAGGAGUUCAAUGCAAACAACAUUAGGGACACCUUCAGAGUGCUUCUUCAGAUGGGUGCUGUUCUUAUGUUCGGCGGUCAAGUUCCUGUCAUUAGGGUUGGGAGAAUGGCGGGUCAGUUUGCGAAGCCAAGAUCCGAUUCAUUUGAGGAGAAGGAUGGUGUGAAGCUGCCAAGUUACAAAGGGGACAACAUAAAUGGUGACGAUUUUACUGAGAAAUCAAGGAUUCCGGACCCUGAGAGAUUGAUCAGGGCUUAUUGUCAAUCCGCGGCGACUCUCAACCUUCUUAGGGCCUUUGCCACCGGAGGAUAUGCUGCAAUCCAGAGGCUUAGUGAAUGGAAUCUUGAUUUCGCGGAGCACAGCGAGCAGGGAGAUAGGUACCACGAACUCGCUGGCCGGGUUGAUGAGGCCCUAGGAUUCAUGGCUGCCGCUGGACUUACAGUUGACCACCCUGUAAUGAGAACAACUGAAUUCUGGACCUCCCAUGAGUGUUUGCAUUUGCCUUAUGAGCAAUCACUCACUAGGAAGGAUUCAACUUCCGGCCUGCAUUAUGAUUGCUCUGCGCACAUGGUUUGGGUUGGGGAGCGCACCCGGCAACUGGAUGGUGCCCAUGUAGAGUUCCUAAGAGGAAUUGCCAAUCCCCUUGGCAUCAAGGUGAGCAACAAAAUGGAUCCAAAUGAUCUAGUUAAACUCAUUGAGAUCCUGAACCCCCACAACAAGCCAGGAAGAAUUACUAUAAUUGCAAGAAUGGGUGCUGAGAACAUGCGAGUUAAGCUUCCCCAUUUGAUUAGGGGUGUCCGCCGGGCUGGGCAAAUCGUGACCUGGGUCUGUGACCCAAUGCAUGGAAACACCAUCAAGGCACCAUGUGGACUUAAAACCCGUCCCUUUGAUGCAAUUUUGGCUGAGGUGCGAGCAUUCUUCGAUGUGCAUGAGCAAGAAGGGAGCCACCCAGGUGGAGUUCAUCUGGAGAUGACUGGGCAGAAUGUGACAGAGUGCAUUGGAGGGUCAAGGACAGUGACUUUCGACGACCUGAGCUCACGCUAUCACACACACUGUGACCCAAGGCUCAACGCUUCUCAGUCUCUGGAGCUUGCCUUCAUCGUUGCAGAUCGACUCAGAAAGAGAAGAAUCGGGACUCAGCGUCUGGCUUCUUUAAGCCUUUAGAAAGCUCCAAAGCACCCCCAUCAUUUCUCUACGAUUGGCAAUCUUGAUGUAUUUGGUAGUGAUCAAUAAAUGUGGCGCGUGUCAUCCACCAAACCUUGUGCUGCAGGGGGCCACCCUAUUGCAAUGCUAGCUAGCAAUCUUGAUGGUCUCCUACAAUUAAGAGCAACUUCCAAAAUCCUGGAAAUUGUUGGGCUCCGCAGGAAAAAAAAAACAUUAUAUUAGUUGUGAAGGAUUUAAUUUUCAUGUUUGGAAGCUGCAAAAGCAAGGUGUUGGAGAGCAGCCUUGUAGAAUUUCCUCAUUUAUUAAUUUAGUAUUUGCAUUUGAGUUUGGCUUC